CUUUCUUUAGUUUGUUGCUAGACUAUCCCCAAUCCCCAUCUAGCUAGACCAAGCAAUUUUAUAAAUUUCACCUUGUUUCUCGUAUCCACCCCCUCUCACUCAUUAGGAUUGUCGAUUAAUCUUUUAUCCUCUCUCUCCCUCUCUCUCCCUCCCCCCGCACACUUGCAUUCUCACCCUCUUACACCCAGAGCAGUCAUUCGCUAAGCCCCUCCUGCCUUCUUCUUCCCUUCAGUUGCUUCCUCUUCCUCUUCCUCUUCCUCUUCCUCUUCCUCCUCCUCCUAUAUUUACUAGUAGUAGUAAUAACCGAAGAUCAAACAAACAAAAAAAAACACACCGGGCUUUACUGCUACCAGUUCUCUCUUCCCCAUCCUCCUCCUCCUCCUCCGCUCCACACCAUGUUCUGGUUUCUCUCUCACCGCCGCCGACAACAACAUCAACAACAGGCCUUGCUCCCGUUGUUCUCCCUUCUCUCCUCGGCUUCCUCUUCCUCUUCUUCUUCAUCUUCGAGCUCAAGCCUCCAAAUACGUAGAGUACUAAAAGCCCCUGGCCGGCCCAUUGCGAUUCGUGCAGAUCAAAUCACCGAUACUAAGACCACUCUCGUCGUGCGCCCCCAAGGCGAUGCCCAAUCUGCCGUGGCGUACAAGAUCGAAGACCUUGAUGGAAUCACCCUCUUCACCGCCACCGGCCGCAAGUUCUCGCACCGUCCUUGCCGCGAAUUCCGCGAUGCCUCGGGGCUUCCGCUGUUUGAGCUGCACCGACGCCUCUCUUUCCGCAACAAUUGGUCCGUCACGCUCCCGGGCUCGUCCCUCAAGGAUAAAACCUACUCUCCACUGGCUACGGGUUCGCGGCGUCGGGCAAGUCGCCGUUCGGCCGCCUCCUUUGGCUCGACCACGCGCGGGGGAAACUUCACCAUCACCUUUGAUAACGUCGCCGCCGUUGACGGCAAACAGCCUGAGGAACGGGUACUGACCCUAGAGGUACAGCGGCAUGGGAAUGUCCUCGCACUGUUCGACAUCGUUGAUGGGGAUCGUAAGAUCGCGGAAGUGAGGGAAAGUAUCCGCCAUAACGAAAAGCUGGCCUUGAUGCCAGCCUCGCGCGUGGGCUACAGGCCUGUGUUGGAUGUCAUUGUGACUCCCGGGGUGGAUUUGGCUUUGGUACGUUAGCUUGCUCCCAACUGGCUGAGCACGCGCAGAACAAACUGAUGGUGAUUUAUUUGGUGCUACAGGUUGCGACCAUCGCGGUCAUCGCGUCAGACACAGUUUUUGCAUCGAAUUAUUGAUUUUUGUUCAGCCAAGGCGCAUGGAAGAAGCACCUGAUUCUAGAUGCCAACAACAUUUAUGAUUUUCACGACCGACUUAUCAUAU